CCCCGGGAGCGCCGGCUUGGCCGAGCAUCCGAGGCAGGUCUGGUGGUAGCCAUGGACCGCUUCGUGUGGACCAGCGGUCUCCUGGAGAUCAAUGAGACGCUGGUAAUCCAGCAGCGCGGGGUGCGCGUCUACGAUGGCGAGGAGAAGAUAAAAUUUGAUGCCGGGACUCUUCUCCUUAGUACACACCGACUGAUUUGGAGAGAUCAGAAAAAUCAUGAGUGCUGCAUGGCCAUUCCUCUGUCCCAGAUUGUGUUUAUUGAGGAACAGGCGGCUGGAAUUGGGAAGAGUGCCAAAAUAGUGGUUCACCUGCACCCAGCUCCUUCUAAUAAGGAACCUGGUCCCUUCCAGAGCAGUAAGAAUUCCUAUAUCAAACUCUCCUUCAAAGAACAUGGCCAGAUUGAGUUUUACAGGCGUUUAUCUGAGGAAAUGACACAGAGAAGAUGGGAGAAUAUGCCAGUUUCCCAGUCAUUGCAAACAAGUAAAGGACCCCAGCCAGGAAGAGUAAGAGCUGUAGGAAUCGUAGGUAUUGAAAGGAAACUUGAAGAAAAAAGAAAGGAAACCGACAAAAACAUUUCUGAGGCCUUUGAAGACCUUAGCAAGCUCAUGAUCAAGGCUAAGGAAAUGGUGGAGCUAUCAAAAUCAAUUGCUAAUAAAAUUAAAGAGAAGCAAGGAGACAUCACAGAAGAUGAGACCAUCAGGUUUAAGUCCUACUUGCUGAGCAUGGGAAUAGCCAACCCAGUUACCAGGGAAACAUAUGGCUCAGGCACACAGUACCACAUGCAGCUAGCCAAACAAUUGGCUGGAAUAUUGCAGGCACCUUUAGAGGAACGAGGGGGAAUAAUGUCCCUCACAGAGGUGUACUGUUUAGUAAACCGAGCUCGAGGAAUGGAAUUAAACUGAGCUCAAGAAAUGGAACUGCUCUCACCAGAUUUAGUGCAUGCCUGCAAGAUGCUGGAAGAGCUGAAAUUGCCUCGCAGGCUCUCAGUUUUUGACAGUGGUGUCAUGAUAAUUGAGCUUCAAUACCAUAAAGAAGAAGAAAUGUUGGCCUCGGUCCUAGAGAUGAUUUUAGAAAAGGGAUCCUUAACAUCAGAAGAAUUUGCUAAACUUGUGGGAAUGUCUGUCCUACUGGCCAAAGAAGGGGUGCUUCUUGCAGAGAAGAUGGGCCAUCUUUGCCGAGAUGACUCAGUGGAAGGCUUACGGUUUUAUCCAAAUUUAUUUAUGACACAGAGCUAAGAAUUUUGUAUUUGAAAUACUUUUUGUCCAUAUACUUGCACUGUGUCAAGGUUAUAUGACACUGAGCUAAGAGAUAAACCCUGAAUAAACUGAGAAUUCAUUAGAAUGUCACAAUAUAAUAUAAAACUCUUAAUCAUUUCCUAAAAUUAAGGUUUCAGAAAGUUAUUUAGGGCAUAUAUAGGAAAAUACAGAAAAAUGAGUGCAAAUAUACAUUUAAAGUCAUGCCACAGUUGUGCAGAACUCUUAGAAUUUAACUUGAAACCUGGUGGAUUUUCAUCUGAUCCCUGAAUUUAGGUCCUUGGGGGAAGAAAAAGUGAAGUUGCAUGUUUGGAUAGAAUAGAUAAUCAUUUUGCUGUAACUAAAAUUCACUGAAUUGUAAAUGUUUUUCUCUGUGUCUGAUAUGCCCAUCUUGGAGGUUUCAUGAACAAAGUCAUACCUGCAGCAUAGUUUAAGACGCUGAAGCCCUGGCACCAAAUAGCAAACUGCAGAAUGCCAGGUGAGGCUCUUCCUGCAGGUUUCUAAAGCAGCCGGAGGAACACCUCCACCAGAUCCAGUAAAACGCCUUCAAAACAGGAGAGGCUGGGGCUAUAGCUCUGGGUAGAGCGCUUGCCUAGCAUGUGGGAGGCCAUGAGUUCCAUACCUAGUGCCCAAAUAAAGGGAAAAAGAGAGAGUAAGAAAAUGUUAUUUGACAUAAGUCAAUAUACUCCAACUAGAUUCUUUUUAUUUUUUUAAUGUAAUAAUUUCAUGACUGGCAUUUUUAAAGAAUGCAGUUAUCGUUUUGUUUAAAAGAUGUUGUGGACUUCAAAACUGAAUCAAACAGCUAUAGAAGCAUGCCCACAGUAGAGUCUAAGAAGUAGGUGGUUCUGAAAUUCCCUAGAAUUGUUUGUGCAGAUGAAAGAGCAGAAGGAACCUCUCAGAAACUCCAUGACUCUGAGUGCCCUUUGACUUGGAAGCCAAGGAUGUGAAAUAGGAAGUAGGAAAUUAACAGACCUCCUUUACCUUCUCAAGGAGUUUCAACACUGAACUUAAAAAUUUUUUUUCUAUCAUAUCCAGCCAUAUGUUUUUCUUCUAUGCCCUACAUGUUGUAAGUUGUGUGAAGAAACACAUGGAGAACUCAAGAAAGCAUCUCAGCAAAAAGUAUUACUGAUAACAGAAACUGGCCUGUAGAUUGCUGGAGUUUUAAAGUCAGUUGCCUGACUUCAUUUUACUGCUCUACCACAUAUACCAUGUUAACAUUACCUCAAACUCAGGGAGCCCACCAGACCGGAGGAGACUACCUUUCUGAGAUGGAGUUCGAAGUGGAAGGGUAGUGAUGGUGUCACAUGAGGACAAGGGGAGGGAUGCCCAGGUGCACUUUCUAGGACCUUGAGGACAUUCUCACCGGACGAGGUGGAGGUCACUGCAGAUGCCCUUUGUGGAAGUGCCAUUGUUCUCAGCUACAGACCCAGGGAACCUCACCCCUAUCCCUUCCUGCAAAGUGGCUGCUGCUGCUGCUGUCCUCCGUUGUCCCCAUUACUGUGGCAGAGGCAGCCUGCUUUAGUGUUCUUUUUCAUACCUGUCACUGACUCUUAAUUGUGACGACAUAUCCCCUAAUUACCUCAUUGUUCAGCCUCAGGUUUAUUUUGGGGGUAAUUCAGUGUCUGGCCACCCAACUUGUUUAGGGGAUGGUUGGGCCAUUGUGUGAGUUUGUUUGUCUCACCUCUCUCUGGGUUAUACUUAGUCUGUUUUGUGACUGGCACACGCAUGUACACACAUACACACCCACACACCCCUCAUCUGACUUAGGUAGUUAAAAUCAACAGAUUAAUGAUAAUCUGUUCCACCACCUGGAUUGAUUGUUAAGUAAAGUUGUAGGAGCUGCUGGAUCUAGCCCUGAUGGUUUGGAUUCAUUACAAUAAAUGUACAUAUUUCAACACAUUUGUUGACUUCAGUAUGACAACAGAUUAACAAAAAUGGAGCAAUCAGGGGUUGGGGAUUUAGCUCAGUGGUAGAGCGCUUGCCUAACAAGCGCAAGGCCCUGGGUUCGGUCCUCAGCUCUGAAAAAAAAAAAAAAUGGAGCAAUCUGAUUUGUAUAAAGUGAAUUGAA